CUUUUCAGCUGGUCGAGAACGUGCGAACGCGAGGCACAGACCGCGACGUCAUCUGCUCGUCGAAUGAGCCUCGGGCAGAGAAGUGACGAUUGUCAUGGUAGUGCUUCCGCGCAACGACCGAAAGAACAGGAAGAACAACAAAACUACUCGUUACUGCAUCCUACUCGUCAUAAAAAUCAGACGACUAGUUGUAAUACUACGCCUGGACGACGAGAUGGCGUGACUCUGGGGCGCCAGCUGCAGCAGUUCUGCAAGGAGGAGGAAGAAGCAGAACGACUCCAGCGCGGUUACGACAAGUACAGUUCUGCGCAACUCGAGGACAGGUAUAUUUCCACUCGUGGGGUAAUAUGUAAGGACUUCGAUAACAACACGGGAUCAUACAAGACGCAGCAAAUUCCAACAGUUGUAAAAAAUGGGAAUCGUAAGAAUCAUGAUCCAGCACUACAACUUCGUGGUGUGCAUGACCAUGAUGACAUCAAGCAGCCUUACGAUGAUCAUCUUCGAUCUUUUCCUCGUCGGUCGAGCUCCAGAGUAGAGGUCUUGGAUGAGUCGCCAUAUACGCAGUCUCUAGCCGAUAAAUUGAUCGGUAGACGCGUGUCGGAUCUGUCAGCGGAUCCAGUACCAGAGGAAUACUAUCAGGAAAACUUACGUCAAGACCUUCGUUCUACGUCGCGCAGGAGGUUCAUGAGUAACCGUCACAACGAGAACGAGCGUGAAAAUUUUGACUUCGAGCGAGCCGGCCUUCAACACCUGCACGAGGGCAGUUCUUACGUGGAAAGUCCCAGUUCGUAUUAUCCCGACAACGACAGAGAGGAAAACCUCUGCUCUCAACACGGCGAUCGUAGUUCGCACAAUCCUUUUGUCGGAGAUUACACGCCGAAAACAUCAACUUAUAGCAGGAAAGAUGAAGAAGACCAUAUCUUGGGGGAGCGAGCAGGACAAAAAUACUUCAACAUGCAUCCGACAUCUGGGACACCGCCAACUGCCUUUGUCUCCUGUGAUGCACUACGACGCUUACAUGAGUGCUUGCCCGUUCCUCAAGGGCUUUCGCAUAGCAUAUUCGGUCAGCAUGGAACGAGUUCCGCUUCUAGCGCGCUCAAUGUUACUGGAGGAGGGCGAUUGUUGCGUAUGCACAACGUCGUUGCAGGGACACCGCAGGACAAACAUCCUCCGCCGACCCAUCCUUUGACCACGACUGCUUUAUCGUCAUCUGCAACGCCCACAUCUUCAGC